CGUUUCUUGCACUCAUAGCUCAUAGAGUUAGCUAACAAUGGCACGCACUAAGCUUGCAGCUCUUGGGUUCGUUGUUCUUUUAAGCAUUGGACUAGCCAGUGCUGCAAGAGUAGAAAGAUAUUCUAGUUCCCAAGGUUCCGGCACAGGAAGUGGACAGGGAGGAGGAUAUGUGAAUGGUGGGGGAGCGGGGGAAGGAAUUGGGGCCGGGUCCGGUAGCAGUAACCGUUAUGGUGCUCAUGCAAGUGGCGGAGGCGGAGGUGGUGGUGGCGGUUACAGCCAAUACGGUGGAUCGGGAUCUGGUAGCGGAUAUGGCACGGGCUCAGGCUCUAGCCAGACCUCUCAAAAUAGAUAUUAUAGUUAUGGCGGGUCAUCCAGUGCUGGGGGUGCUGGUGCUGGUGGCGGCGCUGGACAAGCUGGUGGUUAUUGGCCAUCCAAUGGUCAGGGGUCUGGUAGUGGUACGGGUUCUGGCUCUAGCUACGCUGAUAAUAAUUACUAUGGAGGACCAUACGCAAAUGCUAAUGCUGGUGGCAAUGGUGGUGGUAACGGUCAAGGCCAAUAUGGUGGCCGUGGCAUUGGCGCAGGUGUUGGAUCGGGAUACGGUGACGCCAACCCUUAAUUUCCUUCGUAAAGGAAAUUCUAGAAAUGAGCCCAACACACCUUUGUUUGUUGUCAUGUCUACGAUGUACAAUUUGUUCUCAUUUAUUUGUACCUGUUCAAUGUAUUAUGCAACAAUAAAUAAAGGGCUUCAUUGAUUCAACAAAAUUCA